GUAGCAGCGUUCCUGAAAAUGAUCCACAGUCUGUUUCUUAUAAACUGUUCUGGUGAUAUAUUCUUGGAGAAGCACUGGAAGAGCGUUGUGAGCCAAUCUGUGUGUGAUUAUUUCUUUGAAGCCCAGGAGAAGGCAGUGGAUGUUGAAAAUGUGCCUCCUGUCAUCCCAACGCCACAUCACUACCUCAUCAGCAUCUAUCGGGAUAAGAUCUUCUUUGUGUCUGUCAUACAGACAGAAGUGCCACCACUCUUUGUAAUCGAAUUUCUACACCGAGUAGCAGAUACUUUCCAGGAUUACUUUGGCGAGUGCUCUGAGACCGCAAUUAAGGACAAUGUAGUUAUUGUGUACGAGCUGCUAGAAGAAAUGUUGGACAAUGGCUUUCCACUGGCAACGGAAUCCAACAUACUGAAGGAGCUGAUUAAGCCUCCCACAAUUUUGCGCUCCGUUGUCAACUCCAUCACAGGCAGUAGUAAUGUGGGUGACACACUUCCCACUGGGCAGCUGUCCAACAUUCCUUGGCGCAGAGCAGGGGUAAAAUACACCAAUAACGAAGCCUAUUUUGAUGUCAUUGAAGAAAUUGAUGCAAUUAUAGACAAAUCAGGUUCCACCGUCUUUGCAGAAAUCCAAGGUGUUAUUGACUCAUGCAUUAAGCUCUCAGGAAUGCCAGAUCUUUCUCUUUCUUUCAUGAACCCAAGGCUGCUGGAUGAUGUCAGCUUCCAUCCGUGCAUUCGGUUCAAGCGCUGGGAGUCUGAGAGAGUCCUUUCAUUUAUCCCGCCAGAUGGGAAUUUCAGACUGAUCUCCUACCGUGUCAGCUCACAGAACUUGGUGGCAAUUCCCGUGUACGUGAAACACAUGAUCAGCUUUAAGGAGAACAGCUCUUCGGGAAGAUUUGAUGUUACCAUUGGACCAAAACAGAACAUGGGAAAAACAGUAGAAGGAGUAGUCAUGACAGUUCACAUGCCAAAGGCAGUGCUCAACAUGAACCUCACUUCUACGCAAGGCACCUAUACGUUUGACCCAGUUACUAAAGUCUUAACAUGGGACGUGGGCAAAAUUACUCCUCAGAAGCUACCCAAUCUGAAGGGGAUAGUGAACCUGCAGUCUGGAGCCCCCAAGCCAGAGGAGAAUCCAAGCUUAAACAUCCAGUUUAAGAUACAACAGCUUGCAAUUUCAGGAUUAAAAGUAAAUCGUCUGGACAUGUAUGGAGAAAAGUACAAGCCUUUUAAAGGUGUCAAAUAUAUUACAAAAGCAGGAAAAUUCCAAGUCAGAACAUAAGAAGAUUCUCUACUUCAAGUGGAAAUUCCUCUUAAAGAAAAACAACAUAAAUGACUGCUUAGUGACUU